CGGUCACUGGAAUUACAUUAGAAAAAAGUGACACGAGCAAGGGUUAGCGGGAGAAGAUUUUAAAAAAUCUUUCCUUCGUCUUGUGCGAAAGAAGCGACUCCAGUCUCUGGUCCUCGAAGCUCCCGCUGGUUUGUUCCUAGGCGCUUACACCCGUAGGUGGAUUUCUUUCUUAUUUGCGCUUUAUUCUGACCCCCACCCUCGCCGCUUCCUUCCAGCCCUUCGCUCUCAGAUCGCUUCUCCCCCACCUCCCCAGUCCCCUCCCGGGAAGCGCAGGGGAAUUGGACCCGUGGGGACUCGCGCCUUCCCGGAUGAGCUGAGGGGAGGGCAGACCUGAGGACCGGCUGUCGGCUUGGAAAACAGACAUACAUCCGAAUACGUGUAUAUUUGAUUUUAGUGGGCAAGGGGGGCGUCGAGAGGCCGCCCACCGCCCUCCAUUCCACUACCCCCUCCAGCCAGAGGCGAGAAUCGCAGGACUCAGGAUCUUCAUCGCGUGGACUAGCUGGGAUCUCCGCAUUGGAUUUGGGGCUGAUUAUCACUGCUUGGCUAUUAUUAUUAUUGUUGUUGUUAUUUUUUAAUCCAAGGGAGAAAGAAAAAAAAAACACAACUGGGGGAUUUAUUUAACAUGAUCUUGGCAAACGCCUUCUGCCUCUUCUUCUUUUUAGACGAGACCCUCCGCUCUUUGGCCAGCCCUUCCUCCCCGCAGGGCCCCGAGCUGCACGGCUGGCGCCCCCCAGUGGACUGUGUCCGGGCCAAUGAGCUGUGCGCGGCCGAAUCCAACUGCAGCUCCCGCUACCGCACGCUGCGCCAGUGCCUGGCCGGCCGGGACCGCAACACCAUGCUGGCCAACAAGGAGUGCCAGGCGGCCCUGGAGGUGCUGCAGGAGAGCCCGCUGUACGACUGCCGCUGCAAGCGGGGCAUGAAGAAGGAGCUGCAGUGCUUGCAGAUCUACUGGAGCAUCCACCUGGGGCUGACCGAGGGCGAGGAGUUCUAUGAAGCCUCCCCCUACGAGCCAGUGACUGCCCGCCUCUCGGACAUCUUCAGGCUUGCUUCAAUCUUCUCAGGGACAGGGGCAGACCCGGCAGUCAGCGCCAGGAGCAACCACUGCCUGGAUGCCGCCAAAGCCUGCAACCUGAACGACAACUGCAAGAAGCUGCGCUCCUCCUACAUCUCCAUCUGCAACCGCGAGAUCUCGCCCACUGAGCGCUGCAACCGCCGCAAGUGCCACAAGGCCCUGCGCCAGUUCUUUGACCGCGUGCCCGGCGAGUAUACCUACCGCAUGCUCUUCUGCUCCUGCCAGGACCAGGCGUGCGCCGAGCGCCGCCGCCAGACCAUCCUGCCCAGCUGCUCCUACGAGGACAAGGAGAAGCCCAACUGCCUGGACCUCCGCAGCCUGUGCCGGACGGACCACCUCUGCAGGUCCCGGCUGGCUGACUUCCACACCAACUGUCGUGCCUCCUACAGGACGCUCACCGGCUGCCCCACCGACAAUUACCAGGCGUGUCUGGGCUCCUACGCCGGCAUGAUCGGGUUCGAUAUAACACCCAACUACGUGGACUCCAGCCCCACUGGCAUCGUGGUGUCCCCCUGGUGCAGUUGUCGUGGGAGCGGAAACAUGGAGGAGGAGUGUGAGAAGUUCCUGAGGGACUUCACCAAGAACCCGUGCCUCCGGAACGCCAUCCAGGCCUUUGGCAAUGGCACAGAUGUGAACCUGUCCCCUAAAAACCCCUCAUUCCAGGCCACGCAGGCCCCUCGGGUAGAGAAAACGCCUUCUUUGCCAGAUGACCUCAGCGACAGCACCAGCCUGGGGACCAGCGUCAUCACUACCUGCACAUCUGUCCAGGAGCAGGGGCUGAAGGCCAAUAACUCCAAAGAGUUAAGCCUGUGCUUCACAGAGCUCACGACCAAUAUCAUCCCAGGGAGUAAAAGGGUGGUCAAACCUAACUCAGGCCCCCGCAGAGCCAGACCAUCGGCUGCCUUGACCGCUAUCUCCUUCCUGAUGCUGAAGCUGGCCUUGUAGGCUCUGGGAAUCGCAUUGGGAGAUUUCCGAAAGCUACACGGAUGAGAACACCCGCCUGACAAAAUGGAAACACACACAGACACACACACACCUUGCAAAAAAAAAAAAAAAUGUCUUUUCCCACCUUGUCUCUGAACCUGUCUCCUCCCAGGUUUCUUCUCUGGAGAAGUUUUUCUAAACCAAACAGACAAGCAGGCGGGCAGCCUAAGAGCUGGCCCAGAGGUCCCCUGGCAGGGGAAACCCAGUGCUGAGGAGGGCACAAGGGUCUAGAGAUGCCCUUCACUUUUUUCUGGUGUUUUCCUCUCUGGACCCUGCUGACAUGAGAGACCAGGAUGACAUGCCCACUGCCUAAGGGACAUGGGCUGGGGCAGGAUGGCUGCCGCUCUUCUCAAGCUCCCCACUCUGGGGACCUGCCGGGGUCUGGUGGGGGGGCGUCGGGCAGCAGAGCAGUGAGGCUGCCCCCCUUGGGGUCCAGCUGGGUAUCUUCAGCACCUCCAGUUGGCUUCAAGGAUGGAGGUUAUUUCGCCUCUCUUCUCUGAGGGCUGGAUCUGACCUGUGGAGGGUUGCGGUGCUGAGGCCCCUUGACCUCCGCUGUAGCACAGGGUGGGAGGCUGGGCAGUUCUAGGGGGCUUGGGAGCCCAGCCUGCCUGGGAUAUCCCGUUGGGGGUUGGGAGCAAAACUUGGAUACCAGCUCAAGGCUGAUUCUUCCUGCUUGGUGGCAGGAGUUUUGAAAUCAAAGAGAAAUGAUUUUUUUGUCCACUCGCUUGGUUUCCCUUGGGUCCAUUUGGUGGUUCUCCCUUGGGAGGGAGGGGCUGGCGCUGAGAGGGGCAGAGAAGACCACCGUGGCCCGUCUAUCUGCACCACACUCUGGUCUCUGCGGCUCUCUCCAACUCUUCUCUCUCUGCCUCGCUCUUCUCUUUCCUCAUUUCCGAGACGUACGCACACUGUAUGUACAUAACAUGGCUCCUUUCUCAACAUAUAUGUAUAUACCCAUCCAUAUACAUAUAUCGUGUGGUUCCCCCUCCUUUCCUUUUUUUAAGAAACAAAACGAACGAAACAAUACCCUAACAGAUGAGCGAAAAUGUAUUAUUGUAAAGUUUAUUUUUUUUAAUAAUGUUGUCUAUAAUGGGAAAAAGAGGAGGUUGGCUCCCUGUGUCCCCGCCCCAGUUGGGUUGACCGGGCAGCGGAAGAGGGUCCCUGAUCCAUGUCACGCUUAGCAGAGGCUCCA